AACCGAGUCUGUAAAGGUGAAAGAGAGUGAAGCUUAAAAACUCUCUCUGAUCUCUUUGUUUCUUUAUUCCCUCCCCACCCCCCUACCCCAUUUCAUCGGAGUGGUCGGAGCAGAUGCAGCUUCACGGCGGCUUCAGAAGUUGGACAGCCACAGAUUUGCAUGCCAUGACUCUUGAAUCUGGACAUUCCCAAGGCAGCGCAGCGCAGACGGCGUGGAUCAUUUUAAAAGCCAUUUCGUCUGUCCACAUCCCGCGUGUCAGGAGGGUGAUCAACAUGUGGCGCUUUAAAUACUAACAAUAAUAAUAAUAAUAAUAAAAAAAAGAAAUGAAGGAAUACUGAUCUCCGUCCGAACAGCCUCCGGGUGAUACCUGUUAUUUACAGUAAUGGAAUGAAGACACUAUCCUGAGAUAUAAUGGAUGAGAGAUCCAGCAAGCUCAUCUUGGUUCCCAUCUUGGCAGUCCUUUUUGUUAUGAUAGGUUAUCAGUACAUUUGUCCAGCGGGCAGCAAUUCGUGCCACUUUAAGUCCGAGGAGAGAUUCAGAGGGGUGAGCCUGCUUUCUUCCCCGUAUCAGGACGCCGAUGACUUCUACAGAGAUUCCGACCUGGACGAUGACGGUCCGCCGAAGGUGCCGUCCAAAUUCAACUUCACCGAGAGAGACCUGGACAGACACGUGGAGUUCAACAUCAAAGGGGACGACGUGAUCGUGUUCCUGCACAUCCAGAAGACCGGCGGGACCACCUUCGGCAGGCAUCUGGUGAGGAAUAUUCGUUUGGAGCAGCCGUGCGACUGCAAGCCCGGCCAGAAGAAGUGCACCUGCCACCGGCCGGGCAAAGAGGAGUCCUGGCUCUUCUCCCGGUUCUCCACGGGCUGGAGCUGCGGGCUGCACGCGGACUGGACCGAGCUGACGAACUGCGUUCCGGUCGUAAUGGAUAAGAAGGAGGCCCAGAGGAAUAAAAGGAACUUCUACUACAUCACCAUGCUGCGAGACCCGGUCUCCCGCUACCUGAGCGAGUGGAAACAUGUCCAGAGAGGAGCCACGUGGAAGACGGCUCUCCAUAUGUGCGAUGGACGCUCACCCACCCAAGACGAGCUGCCCACCUGCUAUAGCGGUGACGACUGGUCCGGUGUCACCCUGAAAGAGUUCAUGAACUGUCAGUCAAACCUGGCCAACAACCGCCAAGUCCGCAUGCUGGCUGACCUGAGCCUGGUGGGCUGCUACAACAUGUCCUCGAUGAACGAGAGCCAGCGCAACCACAUCCUUUUGAGCAGCGCCAUGAGCAACCUGAAGAACAUGGCUUUCUACGGCCUGACUGAGUUCCAGCGCAAGACACAGUACCUGUUUGAGCGGACGUUCAGCCUGCGCUUCAUCUCCGCCUUCACGCAGAUCAACAGCACGCGGGCGGCCAACGUGGACCUGAGCGAGGCCGUGCGCAGGCGCAUCGAGGAGCUCAACUUCCUGGAUGUUCAGCUGUACGAGUAUGCGAAGGACCUGUUCCUCCAGCGGUUCCAGUACACCCGGCAGAGGGAGCACCAAGAGGUGCGAUUGAAGAGGCGCGAGGAGAGACGCUGGUUGAGGGAGCAAAGGGACCAGGGCAGACCAUGGCCGUCCAAACACAAAGGAAGCGGGAAGGGAGACGGAGGCGUAUUUGAGAAGGAAACUGAAAAUGACCUGCCCACCACCACUGAGGACUAUACAAGCCAAGUGGCACGUUGGUGAGGUGUCAUCUAACAGAGAGCUGCAACAGACUCUCGUACAUCUUAAGAGUCUCUUUAUUCUUCACCAUUGUUCUGUCUUAUGCAUUUAUCUGUUUUGUUUGGUAUGAGAGCUUUGUUUCUUUUUGAAAAAAAUGCAGUCUUUUUGUCUCUGAGAGCCUUUAGUGUCUUAAAUUUAUAAAAAUUGCUCAUAAAUUGUCUCAUUUAACUACUGCCUUAGUUUUACUUUGCAAAAACGAUAGAGUAAACAAACAGAAGAUCCUGACUGCAUUGAUUUUAAUACCCACAAAAAGGUUUUGAAUGUGUUUGAAGUUGUUAUUGGUGUUCAGACUGUUUUCACUCCAGUGGCUUUUUGUAUUUUUGACUAAGAGUUCCAGACAUCAUAAAUAGAUGGAGAGGGCAGCCUUGAGCAUCAGUUUUUAAUGCGUUACAAACACAAAGUGGAAUAUGUGAAUUUAUCAACAAAGCAGGAGCAUUUCUUGAAUCUGAUCUUUGCUGGCCAGAUUUGUCCAAACAACUGGUGAGUCGACCAACAGUUGAAAUGUAACAAUAAGCUGGUAGAAAGAGGUGAGGAAAAUCGCAGCUCAUGUUGGGUCUGUGUGUCGCUUUCUCUUUGAACCACUUCACAAGUAAUAAAAAAAUAAAAAAAAACUAACAGUACUCGUUAUAAUGUAGAACACUCAAGGAAAUGGGAAUAGUUUCAACAAUACAAAUGACACAAAUCAGAGAUGUCACAAUCAGGGCAUUUUCAAUUGACAGAUAUCAAAGCAUGUGACUGAACUCGGCUAGUAAAUACUGCCUAUGAUUUGAUCAGCCCUAAGCGAACCCUCCAGCAGCAUUUUACAUAACUUUCUUUUUUAUAUUUAUUUAUGCUCUCCUUUUUAUGUGCACGGCCUGCGAAGCUUUAAUAUAUGCCAUCCACAUUAUUUUGUUGAUCUAAACGAAUUUGAGUUUUCCCUACUAAUGUAGGUCGGUUUUGUCCCCCACUAUGACUUUCAGAGUGAAUGACAGAACAUACGUGCCACUGCAGCUUCCUGUUUCUCUGGUCCUGACCUACAUGUGUGCUCAGCUGUCGGUGCAGAAAAAAAAAAAGCCUUGGAGAACUAUUCUUUUAAUUUCAUGACCCUCAAAGGAAAGUGACAGUUAAUGAAAAGAUAUAACUUUUUCAGUCCUUUUCUCCUUUUUUUUUUGCCUCAUGAUUAAUAGAGUCUGCAUUGAAAUUUUAUGAGUCAUAUCAAAGCAGAGUAAACAUGCUAGCAUAAGCCUAGACCUUCAGCAAACUGCUGCGCACGCACAUUUUAAGGAGGAAGAUUAUGAUUGGUGAGCUAGUUCAGGGGGAUACAAUCACAUUGCUAAUGUAAUACAGAUGAUAUGUAGUGCUGCUUGUUGGUCAUUCAGUCCUUUGCUAUUUUGCACCUGUGUAGCUUUGGUUAUGUUUUUUCUGGAUACAAAAUAUAUUGAACCGACACUUUGACAGGGGACCAUAAAGUAAAAGCUACUGAGGUUUUGAGAAAAUCCAUGACUUUCAUUUUAACUAGGCAUCAGUCUAGACGAGGUGCCCAUCGAUCGGGAAUGAGCAAAUGCCUAUUCUUAUAAGACUAAUCAUUUUGGCAGCAAAUAAAAAUCCUGAUUAGGACAUUGAUAACAGAAAUCCUAUUUUAUCUGAAAGUCUUAAAGGCCGUGCAUGGUCAAGCCGCAUGGCCUGACGAACCUUUCACCCCCUAACUAUUGUGUGAUUGGUCAGAAUAUUAUAGUUGUGUUUGUUUAUGUGGAAAACGGUUCCAAAUACUGACUAUCAUAAAGUAGGUUUUUCAGUCAGAGAGCAGGAUGGAUAGUUGAGAGGAGCGAUUGUCAGAGACCGUGAGGAAUAAGUAUGUACUAAAACAUACUCCAGGCAGAGUUUAGUGACCAAAACACUAAACACUAAACUGCUCAGUUCUUCUGAUCCACUGCAGCCGGCGAACAUCCCAGCGAUGCCUUCUGUUCUUCUUUAGCUUUUUACAAUAUGGACAAUAAAAUGAAAUGCUUUAACUCAUCAAUGAUUAUUUCCUCGGCUUGUGUUUACUUUCCUGUUUUUAACCAGACAUAUGACAAAACACCAGGACGCGUAGCUCAUGCAGCGGGAGGGGUUUCACAGGAGCUCAUUUCAGUGUAUCUUGUGGACCUUGAAGGGUCUUUGCGAAAACGGAUGUCCCACCUUCACAGAUGUCAACCAUGUGACCGCACUUCGGCUGUUUGACCACACUGGGCCCUUUAAUUAAAGAACAGAUGGUUGCAUGUCACAGAAACACAGUAUAUCUGAAACACAGAGUUUCAGAAUAUGAUUUUUUACACUUAAAUAAGCUCUGGCUGAUUUAAUAAAAAUCUCAGUCGAGUCACUGACAUCAACAUGUCUUUCUUGAAUAACUUUCUGACCUCCAGUACUUUAGUGCUGGAUUUUUUCGAAUUUGGAAAGCCUAACUCUCCAAAAUGGACAUCUUUCUGAUAUUUCUUUCUUAUACUUUUUUGAUGUGACUUUAGUGAGAGGCAUAAAAAGGCUCUUUCAGGCAUCUGACCUAAGUUCUGUCACUCAAAAUAUUGCCCAUUUUCGUCUACUUGCAGAAAAGGCAAACUAAACAACUCAGACAAAAGACAUACUGUUUUGAGUCUAAUGGUUUUUUUAAAAGACAAUGUUGUUUGCAUGUACCCAAAUAACCCAAACUAUUCAAAAAAUGUGUAUGCCAGUUUUUUUUGUUUUUUUUGUUUUUUUUUUGCUGUUGUUUUCAAAACAGUUUUCUAAUGCACAGUAUGUGGUAUCUACUGACAGAACAACUUCUGUUUGGUCCAUGCAUGUUUUUGUAAUUUGAUGUUCACUGCGAAUGCAGGAGUGAUUCUUACUGAAUCAUUUAGAUACAUAAACAAAACAAAACGAACAAAAAAACUACCCCUACCAGUAAAAAUGGUAGGGGUGUUUUCAACCUUGGGCUCACAGUUUAGUAAAGCUGACGUUUUUUUUUUUAAAGUACUUAUCCUCAUCCCAACUUAUCAACAUUUUAGAUUAGCAUUUUUCUUCUGGUCCAUCUAUUUAUUUUGUGGUUAAUAAGAAAUUGUUACUAUUUUUGAGGGAUACAGAAGAAACCUCCAAUAGCCACAGUGUACAUUCAUUGAUGGCCAGAAAAAUGGAGCAAAAAAAAAAUCUGCCUAUUAUUUAUGUAUUUAUUUAUUUCACUAAAUAAUAAAAAUGUGCUUCAUUUUGUUGUAUUUUGGAUUUCAAAAUGAAAAUAAUAUCACACCCAGUUGCCGAGAAAUGCACGGACCUAUUCUCCACCUGUAACUUUUAUCAAACGUUGUAUUUGUUGUGGGGGGGGAAAAAAACAAAAGAA